AUGGAGAGCCCGCACGAGCACCAACAGAAUCUCCUUCUGUCCCGUAUAAUCAACAACGUGGAAAAACUGAAUGAAGCUGUUGUUGUAAUGAAUAAGAGUCUUCAGGAUAUCAACAUACAAAAUAUGAAUGUCGAGCUGGUGGCGCAAAUGUUCAAAAACUACCAGUCAAACGUAUUAUUUCAUCUUGAAGCCACGGAUAAUUUGAAGCCGCCGUCUUAA